AUGUCCUACUUCUCGGAUAGCUCGAGCUCCUCGGACGACUCUUCGCUAGACCACAACCACACCCGUACUACUCGCGCUUCUGCUCAAAUGAGCCAACCUACCCGGCCUCUGGCAAUCUCGACUGACGAGACGAAGGGACCGUCGAACAGCGACCGCGCAGCAGCAAAGUCCGUCAAAUCAACGAAGUCUGCCGCUCCGCUCACGACCGAGGCGACACCUGCAUCUGAAACGCCAAAGCAGCGCUCGAAGGCCAGUGUGCACCGUCCGACUCCGAUGUGGCGGGCGCCCGCAAUGAGGAUGGGAUCGCAUAUCGGUGCUGAGCCAGGCAUUGACCCUCGUCGAGCCUCGGUCAAUGUGCGCUACGGCCACAUCCGACAGCAGUGCAUUAUUGAGCUUGUGGACUAUUCUGUCGACCGCUGCAGCUUUGGCCGUAUGACGAACAAUGAGCUAGUGGAGAUGCUCGGCGAUGAGGAGGCGAGCAAGAGGGAGCCUUGGGCCAACGUACGCUGGAUCAAUGUGGGCGGACUAAGCUGGGAGGUGAUUAGUGCGUUGGCGUUGCGUUAUGAUAUCCAUCCUCUGGCGGUCGAGGACGUACUGCAUCAACGUGGUCGUGCGCGGUCCAAGGCCGAUUACUACCCAAAGCACCUCUUUCUUCGUCUUCUUUGCCAUCGAAUUGGCUCGGAAGAUGAAUGGCUCUCUCCCGACUCCACAUUGGGACAUCUUCCGCUAGACAUUCCGCGCUCCGAGUCGCCAGAACCUAUGGAUGAGAAGGGAGACGACUCGGGGACAGCCGAUGAGGUCCACGCUGUCUACCUAAACCCCGAUUUGAACGCGGGACAAUCCACUAUGAAAGGUGCAUGGGACGCGGCCAAGCGUGCGGCGGUGGACGCCGGCACAUUGGAGAGAUCUCGCCCACGGCCUACGUUACAGGCGACUUGGUCGUCGAGCUUUAUCAAUCGCAUACACAAGAAGCAGAGACACGCCGAAGACUGGAAGCUCAUCCAGAAGCUCAAGAAGGGCGAGCGCGUGAAUGUAAAGGUUUACCCGAUCUGCAUAUUCUUGUUCCGCGAUGGCACUGUAAUCUCGAUCUCCCAAGAUGCCAAGUUAGAUUUCACUGCGCCUAUUCGUGAUCGCCUUCGACAAUCCGAUACGGUCCUUCGAACUACUGCUGAUCCAUCACUAUUGGUGGAGAGUCUUAUCGACCUCAUCGUCGAUCAGGCACUGGAGGUCGUGGAAGAAUACCAAGGUAAAAUUUUCAAGAUUGAAAAAGAGGUGCUCCUGAAGCCGGACAUGAGGACCGUGACUUCCUUGCACAUGCUCCAAGAAGAUCUCAUUAUGCACAAACGUUCACUGGAACCGAUCAAGACGCUCGUGUACGGUUUGCGGCGAUACGACGUUGACCGUGUUGGUGCGAUUGCGGAGAACCAAUCCGAGGGCGUGCCGUGGGAUCCUGUGACCCGGCCGGUAGGAUUCAUGAGCGACCGGGCGAGGGUGUAUCUGGCAGAUGUGUACGACCAUCUUGAGUAUAUACUCAUGAGCUUGGAUAUGUUCGCCGGCAUGGUAUCAUACCAGAUGAAUGAAGUCAUGCGUCGUCUCACUCUUGUUACAAUCAUAUUCCUGCCGUUGAGUUUCCUUUCCGGAUAUUUCGGGAUGAAUUUUCAAAACAUGUGGUCCACCACGACACAUACCGACGUUUUCUUCUGGGAGAUUGCUUUUCCCGUGAUGGCUGUCACAAUCCCGUUGUUCAUGAUGCCUGACUUGAGGCGUAUCGUGCACUACUUGGAAAAGCGGAUCAUCAGACGGCAGGUGCGAAAGACCUAUGAGUACGAAUAG